AUGGAAUUGGUUGAAGUUCUCCUUUUUUGUACCCCUUUAUCUUGUCUGAAUGGAGGAACAUGUGUGACAAGCUUAGACGAUGUUUUUUGCAUAUGUCCGCCGGAUUUCUCAGGAGUCAGAUGUGAAAUCGUUGAUCCUUGUAAUUCGUCACCUUGUCAAAACGGAGGAACGUGCUCCCAAGCAGUAGGGGGGUUUGUGUGCAACUGUCCACCAGGUGUCUCAGGAUCAACAUGUGAUGUCGUUGAUCCUUGUAAUUCGUCACCUUGUCAAAACGGAGGAACGUGCUCCCAAGCAGUAGGGGGGUUUGUGUGCAACUGUCCACCAGGUGUCUCAGGAUCAACAUGUGAUGUCGUUGAUCCUUGUAAUUCGUCACCUUGUCAAAACGGAGGAACGUGCUCCCAAGCAGUAGGGGGGUUUGUGUGCAACUGUCCACCAGGUGUCUCAGGAUCAACAUGUGAUGUCGUUGAUCCUUGUAAUUCGUCACCUUGUCAAAACGGAGGAACGUGCUCCCAAGCAGUAGGGGGGUUUGUGUGCAACUGUCCACCAGGUGUCUCAGGAUCAACAUGUGAUGUCGUUGAUCCUUGUAAUUCGUCACCUUGUCAAAACGGAGGAACGUGCUCCCAAGCAGUAGGGGGGUUUGUGUGCAACUGUCCACCAGGUGUCUCAGGAUCAACAUGUGAUGUCGUUGAUCCUUGUAAUUCGUCACCUUGUCAAAACGGAGGAACGUGCUCCCAAGCAGUAGGGGGGUUUGUGUGCAACUGUCCACCAGGAUUCUCAGGAUCAACAUGUGAUGUCGUUGAUCCUUGUAAUUCGUCACCUUGUCAAAACGGAGGAACGUGCUCCCAAGCAGUAGGGGGGUUUGUGUGCAACUGUCCACCAGGUGUCUCAGGAUCAACAUGUGAUGGUCGUUCCUGUCGGUUCGAAGAUGACAAUGAGCCUUCCUGCUUCCUUGAUACACACAAAUGCUGCUGGUUUAGAGGAAAGAGUAAAACCAAUACACCUGGGACAGGUCCUAAAAGAGCAUUUGAGGGGGAGUAUUAUCUUUAUUUUGACGCAUCAUGUGGCAAAACUGGAGAAAAGUAUCGCCUCAGCAGCGGCAAUGAAACUGAAUUUGAAAUAAGUGGGAAUAAAAAGAAUAAAUGGUACAAGGUGGAGCUUGACAUUCCCCUGGAUCCAGAUACAAAAAUUUUCCUGGAGGCCUGCAAAGGAAGGUCCAGACGGGGAGACAUUGUAAUCGAUGACGUCACUCUAGCGCCUCUGUAA